GUUAGUUUGUGUAAACCGCCAGUCAGUUCCGCGUUGAGGAAGCAUGAUGUUAACUCGCAGCACUUUGGGUUUAACAGGAGUAACGUUAAUUAGUUUAAAGAGUUUAAGAUGUCAGACGUUCAGAUCAAUAUGUGUCAGUAAAUGUUAUAAUGUCCAAAGUCCCUGCAGUGUGUCAAGAUCAGCGCACGCAUGUGCAGUGCUGUCACAAACCAACACACUGUUUAGGAUGUGUAGGACAGCACCGUGUGUGUCUUUUCUAAACAUACGACCACUGUCCACUCUACCUCCACCACCUUCAUCAAAAAAAGACAAAUCCAGCAACAAGAAGAGCGGCCCAGUUACAUGGAAGUCUCUUGCUAUCACAUUUGCUUUGGGAGGAGGUCUACUUCUAGGGAUGAAAUACUUCAAGAGAGAAAAAGAGGAAAUGAUUGAGAAAGAAAGAACAAAGUCGAUGGGAAAAGCAGCACUUGGAGGACCAUUCUCACUCGUCGACCACAACAAUAAACCCACAAAGAGUGAAGAUUUCCUCGGCCAGUGGCUGCUGAUCUAUUUCGGUUUCACACACUGUCCAGACAUCUGUCCUGAUGAACUGGAGAAAAUGAUUGAGGCUGUUGAUGAGAUCGAUCGAAUAAAAACACUUCCAGACAUAACACCAAUCCUCAUCACCAUCGAUCCUGAUAGAGACACACCAGAAGCACUGGCAGCUUAUGUCAAAGAGUUUUCCCCCAAGCUGAUUGGUCUGACAGGCACAACUCCCCAGAUCGAGCAAGUCUCCAGAGCCUACAGAGUGUACUACAGCCAGGGCCCGAAAGAUGAAGACAACGACUACAUUGUUGAUCACACCAUCAUAAUGUACCUGGUGGGACCUGAUGGCCAGUUUCUUGAGUAUUUUGGACAGAACAAGAAAUCUGCUGAGAUCUCAUCAUCCAUCGCUUCCCACAUGAGGAAAUACAAACAUGGAAAAUGAGGCAUUGCUUCAGCACAUUUGAGUGCUUAUUUCUGUCUCAAAACACCAUCAUUACUCUGUGAAAUGGGUUAUAUUUAUUUGAAGUGUAAUUCUAAUUAAGAAAUCAAAAACUUUUGCAACAUUCCCCAUUUCUUUACAGUCCAACACAGUAACAUCUAUUGGACUUUGUUUCUAGUUAUUCUGCUCCAAUAAAGUGUGAUUU